AAGAGUUGCGGACCAAACACGACAGACCCAGGAGUAGAGAAAAGUCAGUAAUUUAUUUUAGGAGACUUGAGCUUGAGGGGAGUAGUACUGCCGCCGGCCAGGAGGAGGCGCUGUUGUCAAGGAAGCCGAGUGGAUGACGAGCAGUGGCGGCGGAGAGGAGCAGAGGAAGAGUGCUGAAACUGGACGCUGGAGCGGGAGUAAUCCUGGGCGAGAAAGUUCGUCUGAGAGAGGUGCCUUUAGGGCAGAACCUUUUGGAGGCGGCGUGGAAUCCGGGAAGGCAGAGUGUGGAGAAGACAGCGAAUCCCAGCAGAAUGGUGGCUUUGAAGCGGCAGGAACGGAGGAGGAAUCCAGACAGGAUGUCAGGGAGGAGACAGAGUUAAGAACAAAACGCUGGGUUGACUUUGACGGAGGAAAGACGUUCCGUGUUCCGAUGAGUUCAACACCGCUAAAGAGGUCGUACCGGGACCUGCCGGUGUGGAUCGUGGAGGACCACCACCAUGUGGUGCAGCACAUAUACCGGGCCAUCGCCUCAAGACAUCUCCCACCGAGUAACAUCAAGAUGAUUCAUUUGGACUCGCACCCAGAUCUUCUCAUCCCAGUCAACAUGCCAGCGGACACCGUCUUUGAUAAAGAAAAACUCUUCAGUGAGUUGAGUAUUGAAAACUGGAUUAUCCCCAUGGUGUAUGCCGGUCACGUGUCCAGCGUGGCGUGGUUGCAUCCAUACUGGGCCCAGCAAAUUCGAGACGGAGAGCAGAAAAUGUGUGUUGGCAGAGACUCGUCCACCACCACCAUCAGAGUUUCCAGCACUGACAGCUACUUCCUCAGCGACGGCCUGUUCGUCUGUGAGGAGCAGCUGGAGAACUCCAAGCCUUUCACACUCAGCGUAAUUAGAGUGAAUUCUGUCAAACCGAGCUGUGACGCUCUUCCAGGCUCUGAGGCAGACACAAACUGUUCAGCCAAAAGACGUUGCACCGAGAAGAGUGAAAACGGGGAGGCUAGUUGUUCGCUCACUCCUUCUCCACCUGCCACAUCAGUCCAGCCAGCAGAGAGCAGCGACAGAAGGGUAGGCGUGGGCAGCAGAGACAGUGAAGAUGAUGAUGGAUCGACGAGUUACGUUCUUGGAAGACUGGCUUUAUUUCUCAGUCCAACAGAGCAGUUCAUCCUGGACAUUGACUUGGACUUCUUUUCCUGUAAAAACCCCUUCAAAGAGCUUUAUACAAAGGAAGAAUACUCCAUCCUCAAAGAGCUCUACAACUUCAGAGAACCCACCCAAAACGCUGACAAGGAGGAGAUUGAAGAGUGUGUAGAGCUUCGUGUUCGUCAGUUAGAAGACCUCGAAGCAGCAUUUGCUGACUUGUUGGAGGACGACGGAGAGGAGACUGUUGCUCGAUGGGCCAGCAACCCAGGAUUGUCAUCUCUAACCCAACUGGUUUCUAGUUUGAAGGCUAGAAAUCCCUCUCCUGACUAUGAAAUGGUUCACCAGGCGGGGUUAACCUGUGACUCUGCCGAGCUUCCCCACCAUGUCAGCACUGACGAGGAGAUUGACACACUCAUCUCAGCUAUGCGAUGUGUCCUCAGCGCUUUGCCCAAACCUACUCUGGUCACCAUGUCUAGGUCCAGUCUGGAUGAAUACUGUCCUAUCGAACAAGUGGAUUCAAUCCAACGCCGAGUUCUCACUGCGCUUGAAAGCCUGUAUGGAGCUUUGGACUUGCAUGAAGACUAUGAAAAAUGCAACACAGAUACCAAGGACAGCCAGUCCCAGGCUACAUAACAAACAUACCACUUCUUGAUGAAGUCUAUGGAGUUUACAUUCAAGAAAUUGGGUGGAAAAUGAAGAAUAUGUUGUGAACAGCUUAGUGGCUGAAUACAGAGAUGCUACAAAAAUUCAAGUUCAAACGGAGCAAAACUAAACUACAUUUCUACUACAUACUGAGAAUCGAAUAGGAAGAUUAAAACACCACUUCAUAAUCAUUUUGUCCUCAUUUGUUGUCUGAAAAUAAUGACUAAACUAGUUGGUCUCUUCCAGAGGGGAAAAAACAGCUUGGGGUGAUGGUAAAGUAGAAUAAAGAUGCAGAAGCUGUAAAACUUAAAAUGCUCCAGCUAAUGUUUCAGCUAAAAAUGCCAUAAGUAUUGCAAUUUUAAAGGAUAUUUUUGUAACAAAUUGGGUCUACAUUACAAAAACAAGGAAGCAGUGGUUUAACAUUAAGUUUUUUUAACUUUCCACAAUAACUACAUAAGAGGUGGAAAUAAAAGAUUUAUAUAACCGCACCAAUAUCCUGAUCCGGGUAUUCUGCAGCAGUUAUGAAACUGGGAGAAAUGUUAACCAAGUGCAUUAAAUCUACGCACUAAAUGUACUUAAAAUACUUCAGAACUUAAGGUCUCCUGCUCCUGCCAACUUUCUCUUCUUUGGCCUGACUUUGGUUAAGUUCAUGAGAGUAGGUAUUGUGAGUGAUCAUGGCAGUGACAUUCUUCAAACCUGGACCACAUUUUCAAAUGUUGGAUUUUGCCACAUGAGUCAAUCAAACCCAAAGCAUAUAAAUAAACAUGCUUCCAGAUGAAGACAUGCCA